AGGUACAAUGCCGACCUCAUGAAGCGAUGUAAAUAUGAAUCAUGAAGAAUACAGCUGGCCAUAAUUCAAAUAAAAGUACCUACCUCGUGAAAGGACAGCAGAAAUGAUUGGAAGUUUUCUUCACCAAUCAACGGCACUAAUGAAGCAAUCCGCAGACGGGAUAUUGAACUAGCAGCCACUCGAGCCCGCUUCCAAGAGCAAUAAAACAACACGCCACUGCCUCUUCAUACCGAAUGCUGAGCAAAAAUAGACUCUAUAAUAAUAGCCGAUAGACCUAAAUCAACCACCACGACGUAUCCCAAUGGCUAUGCUCGGAAUCGCAAAGACAAUCCAGGCGAUAUGUCAAUUAAAGCUCAGGAAUAACCAACGGCAUCCAAAAACGACAAAACUUCACGACGAGGUCAUUUUUCAGACUUGAUUCAUCAAUUAAGUGGAAUAUAAAGCAGGAAAAAUCAAAACCAAUGUAUGGUAACGCUAAAAAAACGCUCAGAGCAAUCGCCCAAGCCAGGGACGCGUAUGGCGACUCAAAGUCAUAAACAUUAUCCACUGCCUCGCUUUGUUGCUUUACCUUCGAGCCUUCUCAUACUGGUGUCUCUAGUGUUACUGCCACAGGUGCUCGCCUCGGUUGACCUCGACGACGACGCCCUCAACGCCGAGUUCAACGCCACAAAUCCCAACUCCACCGUCAACUGGACUCUGUUCGACGACAACUCCACUAGACACGACCACAUAAAACAUCCCAAGUACUCCACACCUGUCACUGUUCUUCUCGUGAUUGUUUUUAUGAUAGUAAUAUUCGUCACGAUAGUUGGCAAUAUCUUAGUAGUCGUCGCUGUUUGUUUAGUAAGAAAAUUGAGAAGACCAAGCAACUAUUUGAUCGUGUCGUUGGCAGUGAGCGACUUGUGUGUGGCGAUUAUGGUGAUGCCUGUAGCUAUGGUGUAUGACAUCAUGGGCAGAUGGCCUUUCGGACCAGUAUUAUGUGAUUUCUGGGUAUCAAGCGACGUAUUAUCCUGUGCUGCGAGUAUCCUUAAUCUGUGUAUGAUAUCAGUAGACAGAUAUUACGCUAUAACAAAGCCUUUGGAGUACGGCGUGAAGCGAACGCCGAAGCGGAUGCUGUUCUGUGUUUUCAUUGUAUGGAUGGGUGCUGCGUUCAUAUCGCUUCCACCUGUACUUAUUCUUGGAAACGAGAAGUCCGAGACUUCAUGUUCCGUCUCACAAAACCAAGGUUACCAGAUCUAUGCUACCUUCGCUUCUUUUUAUUUGCCAUUGACGGUCAUGAUAGUGGUGUACUACAAGAUAUUCAGUGCUGCCAGAAAGAUUGUGAAGGAUGAGAAGCGUGCGCAGUCACACUUGGAGACGCAUUGUUACUUAGAAAUAAAUGUGAAGAACGGCGGUGGCGCCGAGGCCAAGCUUCUGGGGAACCAAACCAACCAACCACCGCAACCCGCGAGAGGUUCGACUGCUAGUACAAAUACAACAAUUAGUGUAGAAAAAAAUGAGAGCACAAUAGGAAGAUGUUUCAGCGGGCAGCGGAAAUCAAAUGAGUCGCAGUGUCCGAUGCUGCAGAACAAAACACCCACUAAACCCAUUCACACUAUAAAUCGGUCCACAUCGCAAGUGGGCACGACUCCAGACAACAGCAAACUAACAAUCAAAGAACGACGAAGACAAUCCUCUGAAAGUAGCCAUAAGCUGGCCACAAACAGAAUUAGAUCGUCGCUUUCAAAUUUUGCUCAAAAAAGUCAUUUUGCCAAAGACUUACUACAUUCGCACUCUCCACAUCAAAAGAAGCUUCGUUUCCAACUCGCUAAAGAGCGCAAGGCGUCUACUACUCUCGGCAUAAUCAUGUCAGCAUUCGUCAUCUGCUGGUUGCCUUUCUUCGUGCUUGCCGUCAUUCGGCCUUUCGUCGCCGAAGACGCGAUCCCCGAUGUGGUCAGUGCCCUCUUCUUGUGGCUAGGCUACAUUAACAGUCUUCUGAACCCUGUCAUAUACGCGACCUUGAACAGAGACUUUAGAAAGCCGUUUCAAGAAAUACUCUUCUUCAGAUGUUCGAAUCUGAAUCAUAUGAUGCGUGAGGAGUUCUAUCACAGCCAAUACGGUGACCCAGACCAACAUUACUGUGUCAAUAAUACCACCAAAGUGCAAAAUUAUGAUGAAGGUGUAGAAAUUGUGUCCGCAGUCGAUAGGGAGGACAACAGAGCCUCCGAGAGUUUUCUAUGAUUGUCAAUGCCCGAGGUCGAUACAAGAGACCUAGAUACUGUGAUCUAAAUAAGACUUUUAAUAAUUAUAAACCAAGGUCUAACAGUGUUUUCGUUUUAAGUUACCAACUUUUGUAUUUACGUAACUGUUGCAAUUUAACUAGUCGAUGUUUUGUAUUUCAUAAACUUUAUUCCUCUGAUGUUUUGUUAAAUAAAAUUAAUUUUUAAUGUAAAAAUAAUAAAUGUGUAUUAAAAUAACGUAAAUUCUAGUAUGAUAAGAUCCAGAUGUCAGUUGGAGAUAAUUAACUGAAAAGUGUUUUGGAAUGACCAAAGAUAUAACUUACUUAUACGAGAGGGUUUUAUAAUAUUAAGCUGUUGUGAAACUGAUAAAGUUAGUAUUAAAUUGUAUUAUAUUGUUAUUACGGAUGGUGUAUAUGUAUGGACUUAAAUAUAGAAGUAUUUUAAUCCAUGUGAUAGUAGGUUUAGUGUUGUCUUUUGUUCUGUCUUUAGUUUUUUUUUUUUUACAUCACUGUAUUCAUUUAUUUUAAUAUAAUUCCUCUAAGAUAUGUUUUCAACUUGUUCAUUUCUGUUGCAUCCGUUGUAUUCUCCUAAGUUGUACCCCUGAAAUAGUUGUGUACGCAAUUGGCACUGCCAGGAAAAGUAAUAUUAAGUACAUAGUAAUACGGUACAUGUAACGAUUAUAAAUAUAAUAGAAACUGCUAAUUAAUUAUAUGUAUAUGUCUUCAUAAAAAUGUGUCUUCACAAAGUGUUAUCACUUUUCUCUUGGCCUAUAUUUAAAUAGUAGUCAUCAUUGAUUAAAAUUUCUUUAUACGCAACA